AGUCGUCUUAGCAAAAUAAUAACAUGGAGUGAGAGAGAUAUUUAUUUCCAAAACUUUUAGGUUGGUACAACGGUCGAUGAACCAAAGUGGUCCAAGUUCUCCACGAAGGAGAUCGUAAACAUAGUCUACGCACGAGAAUCCGAUAGUUUCUUUCAAAGAAUUUGUCACUUUCACUCAAUAUUAAAUUUGUUUAUUACAAUGUACAAACUAAAAUUAAAACUUUAUUGUGAAAUCCUUUUGCUUAAAGUUAGUGAAAAAUGAUUUACGUUGAUUACUUAAAAACCGGGAAUUUUUAUAUCUUUGUAAAUUUAAGUUGGUAACACUGGCUAGCAGGUAGACCGUCUACCAGCUGAUUUUGCCGCAUGUGUUUGUGAAGGAGGGUUGGAGGCGGCUUGACCAGUGUCAACUACUAAUCCACUACAACUGUCAACGAUGAAUAAAGGAGUGUUCAGACAAUACCUUGCAGCUUUCAUAGGAUCCCUGGCCGCGAUGGUGGCCGGAACUUCAUACGGUUGGGUGACUCCUCUGCUCUCGAACUUCCACGAUCCGCGGGGUGACCUUCCAUUGACCCACGAAGAGAGUUCGUGGGUCGUAGCCCUUAUCGAGUUCGGCAACCUCUUCACUUCAAUUCCCACAGGGAUAUUAGUGGAUCGCUGGGGCCGCAAGCUUUUUCUUCUCGGAACUGCCCCGAUCUACAUCUUUAGUUGGGUUCUGAUCCUCACUACAAGAUCCGUUAACGUUCUCUACUUCGUUAGAAUUAUCCAAGGGCUCGCGAUGGGCGUCAUUUACACUGCCCUUCCUGUGUAUCUCGCUGAAAUCUCCACUCCAGAUAUCCGUGGGGCGCUCACCACUUUCUUCGAAGGAAUGUGGUACUUGGGGAUACUCUUAGAAUAUAUUUUGGGCCCAUUUCUCUCAUACUCGACUUUCACCCUUGUCACUCUCACCGUGCCCGUUGUCUUUCUUGUGACCUUCGUCUGGGUACCUGAGUCACCCUACUUCCUUAUCAUGAAGGGCCAUGAAGAAAGUGCUGUCAAUUCGCUUGAAUGGCUUCGCGGUUCUAAGAAUGUGCGGGAAGAGUUUAACUUAAUAAAGAAGACAGUAAAUGAGGAACAAAAUGAUAACAGAUCAUGGAAGGAUCUUAUAGCUACAAAAUCUGAUGUUCGAGCCCUCCUUAUUGUAGAAAUCGUUGUCUUGACAAAGUUUAUGAGUGGAAUAUCAGCUGUUUUGUCGUAUUCUUCCGACAUGUUUGCCUCUACGGCACACUCCGCCCUGACCGCGGAUCAUUACACUAUUAUUAUGGGAUUACUUCUUCUCGUCACUACCAUUCUUGCCGGAAGUCUUGUCGACAGAGCAGGAAGAAGGCCUCUGCUCUUAAUAUCUUGUUUGGGGUGUGGCCUUUCCGAAUUUUCCGCUGGUCUUUACUGCUUCCUCGACUCCAAAAUUCCCCUAGAUGUCUCAGGGUACGACUGGAUCUUCAUGCUAUCGAUCAUGACCUACUGUUUUAUCUUCUCUCUAGGGUUAGGCCCUCUUGUCAACACACUCAAAGGGGAGAUCUUCCCUUCAUCGACCAAAGGAUUUGGGUCAGGACUGACCACAAUGACGGAUACAAUUUCCUGCUUUGUCUGUCUCAAGAUAUAUCAAGUGAUUACUGAUAGCUAUGGAGUAUUUUUGAACUUUUGGAUUUUCUCUGCCUUUAGUUUUUUUGGAGCUGUCGUUAUAUACUUCAUUGUGCCAGAAACUAAGGGUAAAACCUUUUCGGAAAUUCAAAAAAGCUUAGGGGUACCGAAACAUAGUCCAAUAGCUAUCGUACAAUAUGAUUUUAAUGCUGCAAAUGAACAAAUUGAGAUUAUUGCAGAAGAUUAGCAAUACUUUUCUGUUCGUUGUAAAAUAUCCAGUUAAAUGAACUAACAUAACUCAAAUUCUAAUCCACUAAUAUUAUUUUUGUUUCACUACUCAAAACAUUAAAUUAUAAUACAGAGAUGUUAUUCCUUCCUAAUAAAGAUUUGGUUAACGUUUUAUCAAAACAUUAAAACUACGAUAAAACAGGAAAUACUAACUUUUAUUUUACAGACAUCUCUGAUGUUACUAAAAUUGAUAUUACUUUUUAAUUAGAAUAAAUAUUUAUUUAUCGUUUAUCAUAAAUUUUACCAGUACUCUCAAAUAUUAUUUCCGUACCUAAUUGUACUUGGUUUUAAUAGUUGUUAUGGUCUAGUCCGUAUUACCAACAACUACCUUUGCACAUUAUAUAUUAUAAUAUAAUUGUAGUAUUAUUAUAUUAUAUUACUUAUAGUAAUAUAUUAGAUUAUUAUACAAAACGACACUCAACGUGUCUUAAAAAAUUCCUAUACAAUCAACAACGUUGCUGUGUUUUUAAUGAUAAUAUCUUUUAUAGACAAACUUCUAUCAAUGUGAUGUAUGAAAAUAUAUUAUAGAAAAUAGAGAAUAAUAAUGUAACAAAUAUGUAUAUGCGUGUUUGUAUGCAAUUUUUUGGAGUUAAAAGUAGUAAAAUUCCAAGCUUACUUUACAAAAAACAUUAGA